AGCACGUGGCUCAAGAAUCUCAUGCACGUUUGAUUCUGCAGGGGCGGCCCCCGAUCUUGAGCGAUGCCUCGCUACAUUCGGCCGAGCCCGCAGGGGGUGGUCAUGGUGCGCCACCCCCGGCGCAGCGGCAUCCUGGGCCUCACAGCUGGCCUGGCCUUCCUGAGCUUCGUCAGCAAGUUUAGCGAGCACGUUCAGAUCUACAAGGCAAAGAACCAGAAGAUCAAGGGCGGCGCAAAGGAGCCCCCAGCAGAGGGACUCGCAGUCUUCAUGAAAUUCAUCCUGGGCUCCACCUGCAGCUUCCGGGAGGGCGUGACGGUGCUGAAGCUGUCACUGAUGCUACUGCUGCGGACGGUGGGCUCCGUGUGGGUCUCAAAGCAUUGGGGCAGUAUCGUCAACUCUGUGGUGAAGCAAGACUUCAUUCGUCUAGCAAAGCUCGUGGGAGAGUUUGCAGGCGCCACGGUAGCUUUGUCCGUGCUGAACGCGCUGCUGAAAUACUACAUUGCCGCUCUUAGACUUCAAGUCCGGGAGAAGAUCACGCUGUGGUGCCACGACAAGUAUAUGCGGCCAAAGGACAUGAUCUUCUACAAGGCGAACAAAGUGGGCAAGAAGAUUGAGAACUGCGAUCACCAAAUUACAUCGGAUGUCGAGCGCUUUUCUGAUGUUUUUGCAGAGGUCUUCUCGCAGUCGCUGAAGCCCAUCGUGGACUUUUUGGUCUACUCCGUGGAGCUGAGCCGAGUACAGGGCCUCACCACGCCUCUGACGCUCUACUCCUGGUUCGCCUUCGCCUCCUGCGUCUCGGCGGUGACGCUGCCGCCCUUCGGGGAGCUCGCGGCCACGGAGCAGAAGCUGGAAGGCAACUUUCGGGGGAAGCACUCCGAGCUCAUCACCAACUGCGAGCAAAUCGCCUUCCUGGGAGGAGAACGGCCAGAGAAGGAUGUGCUGAACAAGUCCUUUGCGCAGCUCAUCUCCCACUGCCGGCGCACCAUCACUGCGUCCUUCAAUUCAGAGGUCCUGCGCCAGUACUUGAACAAAUACUUCUGCACAGUCAUUGGCCUGGUCCUCAUUGCGCGACCCCUGCGGAUGAGAUCCAAAGACCUGCCGAAGCUGCAGCACGAUCAAAUCGCGCAGUACUUCACCUCGACCUGGAGAAACAUGGAGGCCAUGGCAACCGCCAUUCAGGACCUCUUCGAGCUGACGAACCGCAUCGGCCGCCUCAGCGGCUUCGCUUCCCGGGUGCGGCAGCUGAUGCAUGGCCUGGAGGUGCGGCCCCCGGUGCUGCAGGAGGAAAUCGAGGUGGCCAAACAAGGUUCCCACCCGCCCGUGUUCAACAGCGGCGAGAACCUGAAAUUCGACCACGUGUCCAUCUAUCGACCCGAUGGAACUCUGCUGGUCAAGGACCUGAAUUUCACCGUGGAGCGAGGCCAGCGUGUGCUCGUGACCGGCGGCAAUGGCUGUGGGAAGUCCAGCCUCUUCCGGGUGAUCCGAAAACUGUGGCCCCUGGUGGAGGGUACAAUCACCAUGCCACCGGACAAGGAGAUUUACUUCCUCACGCAGGUGAACUUCGUCCCCCAAGGCUCCCUGCGGGAUCUAGUGAUCUACCCCGCGUCGCAUGCUGAAAUGCUGGCCUCAGGGCGAUCUGAUGAGGACGUGCGAACGUGCCUGCGUUGGGCACAUGUCUCCCCCACUGUGAUACAAGAUGGUCGCGCGCAGCUGGAGUUCAACGAUCAGGGCGUUGUGGUGCGGCCAGCCCUUGAUGAUGUAAGGGACUGGCAGAAAGACUUGUCUCCGGGCCAGAAGCAGAGAUUGGCCUUCGCAAGGCUCUUCUACCACAAGCCAAGCUUUGUGGUCUUGGACGAAUGCACCAAUGGCAUAUCCCCAGAUGUGGAGCACGAUCUAUACGAUCGCUGUACCCGCCUCAAUCUGGCAGUGUUCUCUAUUUCUCACAAGAUCGAGCUUAAGCUGUUUCACGAUAGGGAACUCCACUAUGUGGGCGAUCUGCAGGGCUCGUGGACCAUGAUGGAGUGCUCGCACACCCGAGACAAGAUCACAAGAUCUUCGUCGACUGUGAAGCUGCCUGAGCCUGAUAAAGCAGGCAAGAAGGAAUCAAGAAUUACCUACGAGCGGCAUGUGUGGUUUGCCGAGUGAGCGUGGCCUUAGCCACCUCGAGAGCAAGAUUCAGUUGACCUCAAAGGCAGCUGGCUUGCAUGAGGCAUGCGAAUAGGUCUUGGGCAGGCGAGUGCGCAGUGUUUCUGUACGUUUUGAACAUGAGAUUGGGAGCUUCUUGGCAGCUGCCUUUCAAUCGUUCCCUGCACGUGGCGCACACGUGCCCUGUUGGAAAGGCUUUGCAGCCGAGCGCCGGCGUUGCAGCCACAACAUGUGGCAGUCAGGAGGUUGCUCGAGACAACGUGUCCGGCACGUGGAGGACCUGAAAGGUACCUAGAUUCCAAAGAUCUCGAUGCACAAUGAGA